CGGCUGAAGAGAACCUCUCUUCUUCAUAAACUAGGAUGGGCCGUUCAUUUCGUGGAAAAGCUGCAGUAUUAUUGUAAUUUCUGGUAUAAGAAGGAAGAUGCCGGUAGCUGAAGUAUCAGUGUCUCUCUUUGAGGUCCUGGAGGUUCGGGGAGCACCUCUCACGGAACCUGAAAUUUGGGGCAUUGCCUACCAAAGUGCUCUUACCUUACAUGAUACUCUGGUACAAGGUGAAGGACAUGAAGGGGGUCCAAAUUUCGUGAUAAGCCCGGAUACCCUGACCUUCACUAGUGGUGGGGAGGUGCAGUUUCCACACGCCUAUGGGACUGGCACUGAAGGCCACGCCUAUGCAGCACCAGAGUUAAGGCAGAUACCAGACUACGAAGGAGUUGACACAGAAAAGGUGCACUCCUUCUCCUUGGGGAAAACUUUACGAUAUGCAGCAGAGUACGGCCUUAUAGGAAGUCAGCCCGCCAGGGUUAGCAGUAACCUACAAGCAGUUCUGAAUUCCAUGUGUGAAGGAACACCUUCACUAAGGCCCAGCAUGAUUCAACUGCUAGAGGCAUGUGAUAUGUAUGCAGAAAAGUAUUCCGUACAGAGGUCACAUAGCCAUUGUGUAAGAGGCCUGUACCAAACUAUACUGGGCAGUGGCAGCGAGGAGGAAACUGUGUCACAAACCCAGAACAAUAGCCGCCAGACUAGCUCUUUCCUGAGGGAAAAUAGAGCAAACCGGUCACGAGGGAAAUACAAAUAUUCCCAUAGGAGGGAGCAGCAGAAGUCAAGGUCACGAUCAAGAUCACGGUCAAGGUCAAGGCAUCGGAGUGGAAAUGAAGAAACUGAUUCAGGAUACCAACCAUCAUCCAAAAACAGUCAUGGAGGGGUUGUCAAUGGUGUCCACAUACAAGAUACAGAAAAUAUGUACGCUGGUCCAGGACAGACUGCGCCACCACCUUACAAACUCAGUAGUCGGUCUGAUCUCAAGCUUGAUUUGACAGAUUCCUCACAGACGGGUCAGUCCUAUCAUUUGUCAGAUAUAACAUUCUCAUCCUCACAAAACAAUGGAUCUGUGUCACCUGGGGUAACAAGUGGACAGAGAACUGGCCAUCCACUGAGUCCAAGGGGCAGACAUCUGACAGCAUCCCAUAUGGGAAACACAGCUUAUGAAAAAUACUUGAGGAUAAAGGAGCGUCAGAAAAAACUGAAAGUGUUACGGAGAGGAUUAUUGGGGGAGGGGAGUGAUGAAGAUUCACCAAUCACCUUGUCUGAGCGUGCUGAUCAUCUGGCUGACACAAGGUCAAUCAGCUCAGCUGUCUCCUAUAACCAAGAGGCUGGACGGAAUAACACAGGUAGCUACUUACCAGGGAUACACAUGCAGUAUGGGUCAGAGAUGGCCCUGAGAGUGGGACGAGACUCUGACAGGGAGAGCAUUGUCAGCAGUGAGUUCUCAUCCUACCAACAGGAAUACCCAUUAAGAUCUACAGAUCAAGGUCACCAUUCACUGCCAGAGAGGGGUGUCAAGGCCAAGGUCAAAGUUCCUCACACCAACACAUCAAGGAAACCAAGGGAAUAUUAUGGUCCAGAAUUUGUUCAUAAAGCCAGCAAAGCUAUCAUCAGAGUGCCAAUUCCUUUGCAAGGGGAGAGCCUGAAGAACCCAUCCCAUGCUAGGCGGGUGGUAGUAGUCCUUCUGACUGGUCAGAAGUUAGAGGCUAUGUGUGACCCCAGUACCACCGGUCAGCAGUUGUUUGAGUCGGUCAUCACACACAUAGAACUACCUGAGUUCUUCUUCUUUGGUCUCACCUAUGUCAGUGAUGGAGAGCACUUCUUUGUGGACCCAGAGAUGAAGCUCCACAAAGUUGCACCAGAAGGCUGGAAAGAGGGAUGGAAAGGCAACCUGCCGACAGUCACAUUUACCUUAUACCUGCGGGUCAAGUUCUACCCUGACAAUAUCCUCCUCUUCAGGCACCAGAUCUCACGGCACUUGUUGUACUUACAACUUCGCCACGACCUGCUAGAGGAGCGAACCAUAUGUAAUGAGGACAAGGCCCUUACAAUGUCUGCACUGGCCCUUCAGGUGGAGUAUGGGGACUACGACAAAGACACUAUGGGACGAAACUACUUCAUGGCAGAGCACUACUACCCACAAAGGAUAGUGAAACGUGUAGGAGUAGGCUACAUACGAGACAACACUCCAGACUUCCACCAGAGGGCAGCAGGCAUGAGUGAAACCAAGGCUGAAUUGGAAUUCAUUAAGAUUGCCCAACAGUUACCAGAGUAUGGAGUUCACUUUUACAAGCUGCUGAAGAAUAAGAACGAUACCACAAGUGUACUGUGGAUGGGGAUCACUGUUAAAUGUAUGGUGCUGGCAGAAAACCAGGGCCUACAGCGUGCCAUCGACCACCAUUAUGCUUGGAACAUGAUCCAGAAAAUAUCAUUCAACAAACGCCGCUUCAGCAUCCAACCCAAACCAGAUCAUGGUCAGGGAAAGCCUUCAAAGAUGAAUUACUACACUAACAGCUACCGCAAGGGGCGAUACUUGCUGCAGUUUUCCACCAUGCAACAUCGAUUUCAGCUGAAGAUGAAAGCUAGAGAGGCACAGUUGGAUGCCCAAGGCAUUGAUCUGACUAUGGACACUGAUUCAAGUUUUGAGGCCCAGGCUGUAGACUUGGAAGAGGAAGGAAGUCCACAGGCAAGUUUUGAGAGUGAAGAUGAUGGACACAGUGCAACAGUUGCUAUGACAACAGACCGACAACCAGUCCCAUACUCUCUGAAUGCCACACAGUCUGUGGACUUGGUGGACGAAUCAGUGCUCAAUGAAAGUAUCAGUGCCACACUACAACACCGCCUGUACAGCAGUGAGGUGUCCCCAGAACAACCUGACAGACGUAUCUUUGAGGUUGGGCUGGGGAAGGACCCCAACACAGGAUUUGGGAUCACCAUUGUCGGGGGAGAGAGUACCAGUAAACUAGACCUGGGCAUAUUUGUCAAGUCAGUAACUGCGGGAGGUCCUGCACAAAAGGACGGAAGAAUCCGCCCAGGGGACAGAAUCAUUGCCAUCAAUGACCAUAGCUUGGAGGGCCGUCAACACCACACUGCGGUACAGAUGAUCCGUGAAUCAGGCUCUCACGUCAAGCUUCUUAUCUCCCAGGUCAAGUGCCCUGGGUCUCUCCGCCGCAAAGAUCAUGAUGAUUCCAUAAUCCGAGAAAAACUCAGAUUAUCAAAUGCUAAUCCCCAUGAUGCUCAACUCUUUUCACAAAUAUCACAUUAUUCAGACGAUUAUCUUCAAGAAACAGAAGAGGAGGUUAAUGAAUCGCCUAUUGAAGCAGCAGUUAAUCCUAGAAAUCAUCGACAUUGUUCUCAGUCGGACCAGUUAAAUUUAGCUACAGUUUCUAACAUUCCAUUAAACUCUGAUACGAGAUGUAAAUAUAGAAAUUCAUAUGUGACUGAAGUAGAUGUGAACACCACAUCUCAGGUGGACUCAUUAGUGGCAGAUCAUCAAGAAGACAGUAACAAACACAGAAACAGUGAGAUUGGGUCAAGACAAGACUCCAACCUUAGUGAAGCUAAGGUAACUGUGAAACCAAGUCAACCAAGUACACAAAAUCAAGGGCAGUCAAGGACUACCAGUACGGCAAGUGCGAAAAGUGAUGAUUUCCAGCCUGGUGAAGUGUUUGAAGUGUUUUUGGAGAAAAAGGAUGGCAGCUUUGGACUUAACGUAACUGGAGGUGUGAACACAUCUGUAAGACAAGGAGGGAUCUAUGUGAAGUCACUGAUACCUGGCAGUGCUGCAGAACUGGAGGGCUGUAUCAAAAGAGGUGAUCGGAUCCUGUCAGUUGACAGCAAGAGUCUCGUGGGAAUGACUCACAAACAGGCAGUAGAAGCAUUGUGUAAUGCUCCUCCCAUCAGCAAGUUGGUCAUGGAAAGAGGUCAGCCCCCCACAGCUGGGGGAGUGUCUAAGUCUAAUAGGUCAUCACCAGCACCACUACAAACCAGCAACUCAAACAAGGGCAGUCGAGCAAAGUCAGUGCCUGCAGACACAAUGCAGUCAUCAACAACUCCCUUAGACAGUGGUGGUAGCAAGAAGAGAAAUAGCAGCAGAUCAAACUCCUCAUCUCAACCUGUGGCAGCUGGUAAUGUCAGAGGUCAGGCAAGGAAAGGAAGCAGUUCAAGGUCAUCACCCCUAGUAACAGAAAAUAGUGGGGUAAACAUGCCGAGGAAGAGCAGUAGUUCAAGAUCUUUGCCUGGACCAGUAUCAGACACUGUGGUAACACCUGGGGUCAGAACUGGCAAGAAAUCUAUGAACCUUACUAUCAGUGAAGUGAGACCAUCACACACUUCACCGACCAGCUAUAACUCUGAUGCAAAGGCAGCAAACAACAUACAGGACAACGAGGAAUCACAGUACUACAACUUUGAUAAUGCAGAGGACCAGUUUACUGUUGAUCUGGAGCGAGGUAGUAGUGGACUGGGUUUCAGUGUACAGAAUGCUCGAGACCUUUACCCUGCACCCAAUGCCUCGGACAACUACCUGUGUAUCAAGAAAGUGUUUCCUAUAGGUCCUGCUGCUGAAAGUGGAAGGAUCAAGACAGGAGAUGUGAUCCUGGAAGUGAAUGGACAACCAGUGAAAGGCCUUAGCCUGCCUACUGAAAGUUACGAUCAGCAAGCCAACAAAGCUUCACUGUCCCCAAGAUCAGAGAACACCAGGAAGGCACCAUCACCAUAUGAGACAGAGUCUGAAGAGGAGCCUGUCUUAUAUAGAGAGUCUGUGAUAACGCCUCCUUCUGGGUUCACAUCACCACGGGAACAAGAUGAGGAUCACUCUACUGAAAGUCCUCCUCCUCCACUGCCUGUUAGUCCACCCCCAACCAUGGAGGGUACUGAGGUUUGGUCUCUCGCAGAUGAGACAGAAUCACAGCAAUCACUGGAAGUAAGCACAACGUUCAGUGAAGAGGGGGAGGAAAUUCAGGAGGAAGAAGGUGAAAGGUCAGCAAGUCCAGAUUCACAGGUUAGUGAGAGAUCAGACAAUUCCAUUGUAAGGUCACCGUUAAAGGAUACAAAAUUGUCAAGCCAGGAGCUAGGGGCUACACACACAACCCUUAGCUCGAAUGAAUAUGAUGCCCAGUCGGAGAUGUCCAGAUCUCUGUCACCAGGGCCCUUCACCUCCAAGAGCGAAGAGUUCCAAAGUAUCCACAAGUCUCAAAAUUCAUUUCAUGAAGAUGAGAGUGGUUCAGAGCAGGAAGAGGAUGAUGAUAUUCUCAAACCAGGGGAAUUUGAAGUGAUCUUGAAAAAGGCCGAAGGUAAAGGGUUAGGCUUCACAGUGACUGGUGGAGCUGGUAGGACCGGGGGCUGUUACAUCAAGGGUAUACUACAGGACCCUGCACUUUCUGAUGGCCGGCUGAAACCUGGCGACAAGCUCAUCAAGGUAAAUGAUAUUGAUGUGGCCGAAAUGAACCAUUUCGAGGCAGUAACUUACCUCAGACAAGCUCCCCAACUUGUCCAGCUAAGGGUCUAUAGGCCCGAGCAAUCUGGAGCAGAUGACUCCAAGAAGAGUGGUAGUGAAAAAGUUUCACAUCACAACAUGGGAGAAAGCGAUACAGAGCCAUUCUCCCAGGGAGAAGCUGUCAAGAAGACAGAUGAUUUAUUCUCCUUUUUGGAAGGCCAGGAUAAAAACCUUGAUGAGGAAGAUUCAGAGAGUGAAGAAGAGAACCCCCGGUAUCUUGGGAGUAAGGAUAGGGACCUUCGUCGUGCCCUAUCUGACAUUCCGGAGACGAGUGAUGCAGCUCAGUCUUCCGGAGAAUGCAGUAUAAGCGAGUACUCAGACUCCCAUAUUGCAGAGCAACAAGCAGCUUCCAAGGGGAGAGGUGUAUCCCCCUUAGAAAGGCCGGCGUCUGUAGAAGAGUUAGGAGAUGUAUCUCUAUUUAGUAAUGUUGGGUUGAUGAAGGUGGAGUUUGAGAAGCCAAAAGGAAGAGAGUUAGGUAUCAGCUUGGUGACAGCCGAGAAGGACAACCAAACCGGUGUAUUCAUCAGAUCCAUUGCUGAAAACAGUGUGGCCCACCAAGAUGGCCGUUUGUGUGUUAUGGACAGACUGGUACAGAUAAAUGGAGAGUCCUUAGUAGGUUUGACACACACCAAAGCUGUGGCCAUGUUGAGGAAGGCAGAGGACAGGGUGACAAUGGCCAUCUCUAGGCUUCCUUCAAGACAGCUGGAGCUGAUGACACCACCGGUGAUAAUGGAGGAUGAUGGUAUGAACACAUGUAAAUCUGAUUCUGACUACCGGACAGCUGAGGUCAAUCCUGAGGAACCUGUCACUUACACAGAGUCAGACAGGGAAGGUUCUGUAUAUGACUCUGAGGAGGAGGAGGAUAUGCAUGCUCUAGUGUAUGAAGCUGAGAAACUUCUGGCUGCUGAAGAAACCAUUGAGCUUGAACCUAACGAGCUAAAGGAGGAUAUGUCUGAAACAUCCCAGUCAACAAGGCAAAGAGAUAACAACCCAGACUCUGAUGUAGAAGCAGCAGAGAAAGAUAAUAGAAAUGAGGCCAGUUUAAGUACAACAUUCCUGAUAGAAGCUAAAGCAAGGAAGAUAGAUGUAGACAUCCCACAGCUUAUUACCAACGACUGGCUUAACUCUCUGCCUUUGUUGCUGGUUGAUGAAGAACAUGCUGCCACUGUCACUGGACUGAUUCCCCAGCUUCAGCGCAAGAUAGAGCAUGAUGAUCCUAUGGAAGAGUAUAAGGAGCUUCGGCUUGUUAAAAUGACAGAUGGUUGUUCUGUUGGAAAGUUGCCGGAGAACAAGUCAAGAAACAGAUUCAGAAACGUUCUGCCAUUUGAUUUGAAUCGUGUGGAGCUCUGUAGUGACAAUGAUUAUGUGAAUGCCAGCCACAUUAUUCUGAAUGUAGUGAACACAGAGUGUCACUACAUUGCUUGUCAGGGUCCACUGCCUAAUACUUCAGAGGAUUUCUGGCAGAUGGUUUGGGAGCAGACUGUCAGUGUCAUCACCAUGUUGACACAGGAUGUUGAGUCACGUAAAGUCAAAUGCCAUCGCUACUGGCCAGAUUCCGUAGAGACACCCUUGUUUGUUUGUGAAAGCCAAUACAAGGUGAGCUUGAAGUCAUUCCAGUCCACCGAACAUUUGGAUAUACGCCACAUUCAGAUAGAAAAUGUCACAACAAAGGAGGUCCGGGAUGUCCAUCACAUCAAUUACAUAACCUGGCCGGACCAUGGUGUCCCAGACUCUUCAGUACCUAUUUUACAGUGUAUGCAAUUGGUUCAUGCGUAUCAUACGACGGGGCCACUUGUGGUACAUUGCAGUGCUGGAAUAGGGAGAACAGGUGCUUUCAUCACCAUAGACCUGGCUCUGGCUGAGAUAGAACGUACUUGUUCGUGUGAUAUCUUUGAGAUAGUGAAGGAGUUGAGGAGACAGAGACCUGGAAUGAUACAGACAAAGGACCAGUACAUGCUGUGUUAUUGUGCCUGCAUUGAAGCUCUACUUAGUCUGACCAGCUGAUAGUAAACACAUGCUUGUCAAAAGGUAUCUGUGUUCUGUUUUGACUUUGAAACAGGAACAAUAUGGAAGUUUCCACUUACCUUUUGAGCAAAGGAACAACAUGGUAUCUGUGUUUUACAUUAUUCGAAGGAAGGAGGAUCUGUUUGACUGUGGGUCACACCAACUGUACUGUGAAGUCACAAAUAUUUUUUUCGAAAAGAUGCAGUUGUUACUAAAACUAAUUGGUUGAAAUCCUGAAUAAUUUAGAUACUUACAAUAGUUAGUGCUACUCUGUAGUUCAUAUUUGUAACACAAAAUAACUUCAUUUGAUACAUUGUAUUUAUUUUUAAUAUUAAAGUAACCCAGUGCAAUUAAUAUAUGAUAUUUAACCCAUGUCUUCCAGUCCUAUAUUACUAAGUUCGUUGCUAAUGUAAACCACAAUAUUGCUGUAUGUCAGAAGUGUUUAGGCCAGUCAUAAUUGUUAGAUUGUUGUGUUUGACCACCAUGUCAGGUGGAUGUCAGGUCAUGGAUAUGGUUUGUCUCUGUCAGUCACAGUAGACAAGGUGUGACGUUCACCUUGUUCACCUUGAUCAGUUUAUAUCAAUUUCAUGUAACUUACAUGGUAACCACAUUAGAUGUUUUUUAAAUUUUUUUUUUCAUAUGUGAUCAUAGAUGGAUUUAUACAGAUUGUUUACUGAAUAUUGACAUAAAUAAUCAGAAUGCUGUACAUUUCAUUAAUAGAAAUGUUUAAAAAUGAAAUUAUUCUACAAACAAUUCUAAAUUGAAGCUAAAAAAAGCCUGAAAAAAAAAAAUUG